AUUUUAAUUUUGUUAACAGUAAAUAAAAAAAUAGGAACAGCAGUCACCAUAAAGAAUAGUUGAUAUAAUUAAGACAACCUACGUACGAUACCAACCUUUAGAAACCAAAUGUUAAAUAACCUAUAAAAAUAAUGUACUUUUUCAAAUAUAAAUAUUUAAAUGGCAUUAUUUUAAUCUUGUAAAAGAAAAAAUUGAGUGUUUAUGGAGCCCAAUUUAAUUCUCAUGAAUUUUAGUAGUUACAACAAUCAAGUCUAAGAUUACUCCUUAUAGUUUUGACGUUUAUUUUCGCGCUAGACAACGUUGUUACCUCUACUAAAACGAAUAGAUUCUGUUGACGUUUACACUUUUUCAUGAAAUCCAAUAUGGACUGAUAAUAAUUAAGUUCUUACCCGUAUUAUAAAUGAUAAGAGAUCGAUGAGCCAAAAUGACUUCAGAUCUUUGCACCGAGGAUGUGGUGGUGCGGAUUACAACACCUCAGAUAAUUAGUUCGCAGCCGGCGACGGGCGGGGCGAGUGGCGGAGGCGCAGGAGCGCGCGUGGCGGCGGCGUCGGCGGCCGUGGAGCUGGGCCGGCGGCUGCUGCUGGCCGCGCGCGCCGGCGACACGCCCGCCGUGCUGGAGCUCAUGGCCAAGGGCGCGCCCUUCAGCACGGACUGGCUGGGCACGUCGCCGCUGCACCUGGCGGCCGGCAACGCGCACGCCGACACGUGCUCCGUGCUGCUGCGCGCCGGCGUGUCGCGGGACGCGCGCACCAAGGUGGAGCGCACGCCGCUGCACCUGGCGGCCGGCGAGGGCCACGCGCGCGUGCUGCGCCUGCUGCUGGACGCGGGCGCGGCCGUGGACGUGCGCGACAUGCUGCGCAUGACGCCGCUGCACUGGGCCGUGCAGCGCGGCCACGCGGCGGCGGCGCGCGAGCUGCUGCGGCGCGGCGCGGACCCGCACGCGCUCAGCAAGUUCCACAAGACGCCGCUGUCGCUGGCGGCCGAGCUGGGCCGCGCCGACUUGUUGCGCCUCAUGGACGACGCGCUUAAAGAGCGUGAGGCCGCGCGCUCUGUCAGUGCGCUCGUCAACGAUCAAUUAGCAGAAGAAACUACAACAGAACCUCAAAUACCCACUUACGAUGCCGUACAAAGAAUCCAGGAAGUGAAACUUCCGAAGGCAAAACCAGCUGAAAGAGUCGUAAAAACUGAUAUCAAGACACAGGCGGCGUCGGCGGCGGGCGUGAGUAGUGUGGGGAGUGCGGGCGGAGCGGCAGGAGCAGCGGCCCUGCUGCGGCAACACGGCAUCACGCUGCUGCCGGCCGACGACGGCAGCACCGUGCUCAGCGCGCUGCAGAGCGGCCGCACCGUCGUGCUCUCCGAUGCUGGAAAACUGAUGUUAAAAGAAAGCGAGUCAUCUCCGCCGGUGGUGAAUAAGUCGGCUUCAAGUUCCAAUCAGGCCAAAGGCAUGGUCCUCACGGCCACACCUGUCAAAUCUCCACCCAAACCUGGAGUGAAAAUAUUCACGCUCAACAACAAAUUACUCGCCGUGCCCAAAGAAGCCCAAAAAAUUCCCGUUAAAAAGAUAAUCAACCCUCAAGACAUACAGGUGAAAUUCGUGCAAUUACAUCCGGAUGCUAAAAUAAUCUCUCCGUCGAAAAUAGUACCGAUGAAGGCCAAGACCCGGCUUGCGAGUCCUCAGGCGACGGCGAGCGCCGCUCCGCGCUCCGUGAAGAUAAUCAUGAAUAAGAGCAACCUGUCGCGCCUGCUGGCCGGCGCCGCCGAUCGUCCGCGCCCAGAGGCGGUCGCGGAGGUCACAGCGGAAGCGGCGGCGGGCGCGGACGAGGCAGACGGCGACAGCGCGGGGGCGCUGCGCCUGAGACUGGCGGCGGCGCAGCGCGCGCUGGCGGCCGCCACGCGGGAGCUCAGCUCGGCGCGCAAGCGGCUCGCGCACUACGAGCGCGCUCCCCCGCUCUAGGCCACGCGGGCGCGGCUGGCGGCGGCGCAGCGCGCGCUGGCGGCCGCCACGCGGGAGCUCAGCUCGGCGCGCAAGCGGCUCGCGCACUACGAGCGCGCUCCCCCGCUCUAGGCCACGCGGGCGCGGCUGGCGGCGGCGCAGCGCGCGCUGGCGGCCGCCACGCGGGAGCUCAGCUCGGCGCGCAAGCGGCUCGCGCACUACGAGCGCGCUCCCCCGCUCUAGGCCACCCGGGCGCGGCUGGCGGCGGCAGUGUUGUGACUCGUCUGAUAAUCCCUUGUCGGACAUCUCCCAAAAAUGCUUGAGCGCCAACUACGUUUAGUGACUCCCAGUCGAAAAUUUCGGAUGAACUUCGAAGUUACCAUAUUAUGUUACAUUAACAUUAAUUAUAUUGAUAUCAAAUACGUGUAUAAUUACGUAAUAAUUACAUAAGGAUAGAAUAGCUUCACAAUUCGAUCAUUGUCAAAUCAAUAGUUAUAUAUUCAAUAUCUUGACAUAAGAAGAUACUCUGUCCUCCUAUGUGAAGACGGAAAUAAUAUUCUUCGAAAAAAAAAUCUUUUCAAUAGUCUUGCUGCUUUCAUUUUUUUUUUGGCACUCUUGUAAACCUGUAUGAAUAAAAAUUUAUGUCUCUCUAUA